UGAUUCAUCACCAAGUUUAAGUUUUGACAAUUUCUUUUUUCAAUAAUUAAUCCAUUCCCAUUAAUGAAACGAAGUCAAAGUUUUAUUUGAAAGUGACAUUAAACUGAUCAUCAAUCUUGCCAGCAAUGAAGAGCCACCCUUUAUGCUUAUAUAUUCCCAUCCUUUGAUGACUCACCUUGGAGACGUUUCAUAUUUAUUUUCAUGCAAUAAAAAAACUAUGAUCUCACUGUUUACAAAUCUUACUCUAUAGCUUGAAUUUACAUCCCCUCUUCAUCUGCUUCAUUUCGUCGUUUGCCGGUGCCGGCUCCGAUCUGAGCUUCUGAUCUUUGAGCAUGGAAGGUGUUUGAUAUAAUUUCUACAUGAAGAAAAACCCGAACCAGUUAUUGAUCAUGAGAAACGCUCUUCUUUCGAGUUUGCCACUGCCCUCACAGUUCUACAACAUUGGAAACAAUGAAGCUCAGAUGUCAUAUUUGGAUGUCCUUAUGCGGAUGGAAACUAUAGGCAGAAAUGUUGAGGUGGAUGAUGCUUUUUCUUCGGAAUCUAAAACAUUCAACAAUGGCGACCAGCUAGGAUAUGGGGCCUUUGCUGCUCCUUAUCAGUCCCACUUUAACUCUGAUUUACGAGAUCAUCAAUUUGGUAGCGUCAACUUUGGCACCUAUUUUCAGCCUUCUAUGUCACUCAACAACAAGCUAGCAAUUCCACACUUUGAAUCGGACAUUCAAAACUUGCAAAAUGGACGAAAACGUCCUUCAAUUGAGUUUCACCAAGAGCAAGCGCCAUUAAAUCCAACUAUUGCUUUGAAUGAGUGGAAUAAGAACAAGAGGAAAAAGGUGUCUUCCUUUCAACAACAGCAACCUGCUCAACAAAACAUUGAAACAGUACCAGGAAUCAGUGAUUCCAGGUUGAAUAUGCCAGUGAGGAGAAGCCAAAAGCUAAGUGACAAAAUCACAGCUCUUCAAAAGUUAGUUUCCCCCUAUGGAAAGAAGCAAGUUUGGUUGAAUUUAUUAUUGCAGACUGAUAUAGCUUCAGUCCUUGAAGAGGCUUCUCUCUAUAUCAAACUUCUACAUCAACAUAUUCAGAAUUUGUUUCAAAUGCUGAGGAGAUCAUACAACAGUCUGGGAGCUAUUCACCCCCCACAGAACACUUAUUAUUGUGAACAGGAAACUGAAAAGAAGAAGCAAGAUUUAAGAGGUAGAGGACUUUGCUUGGUUCCAAUUUCCUUUGCCCAAAAAGUUACAGAGGAAGAGAAGACUAUUGAUACUAAUUCUAUAUCAGGAACAAAUAAUCAUCCAUAGAAAAUUUUUAAUACCCAUAUUAUGUAUUUAAUGCAUCCAUUUUUAAGAGUUUAUAUGAGAAAUUAUUAUUGAAGUUUUAAA